AUGAGUGCAGACUGCUGGCCAAUCAAAUUGACAGCUGGAAGACAGGCACGCGCUGCUCAGCAUCAGCCCAGAGAGAUCGGAGGCAGCGGGUUGGGAAGGAUGCAGAGUUCGGUGCGGAGGCGACACCAGGCGACCUCGGGGUACGCAGGAAGGUUCAGCUCUGCUCAGUCAGAUGAUGGCUCCAGGAGUUCUCGCUUCCACCUGGACCUCUGGUUCUAUUUCACUCUGCAGAAUUGGCUUCUGGAUUUUGGGCGGCCCAUUGUAAUGAUCAUCCUACCACUUGACUGGUUUCCACUUAAUAAACCCAGCGCAGGAGAUUAUUUCCACAUGGCUUAUAAUAUAAUAACACCACUUCUACUCCUCAAGCUUAUAGAAAGGUCUCCGAAAACACUUCCAAACUCUGUGAUCUAUGUGAGCAUUAUAACAUUUGUAAUGGGAGCAAGUAUCCACCUGGUGGGAGACUCAGUCAAUCACAGGCUAAUAUUCAGUGGAUAUCAACUUCAUCUCUCUGUGCGGGAUAAUCCAAUCAUGCAGAACCUAACGCCACCAACCCUGGUCGACUCCUUUGAGUUAUUGUAUUACUACGAUGAAUAUCUGGGACACUCCAUGUGGUAUAUUCCGUUCUUCCUCAUCUUGUUCAUCUAUUUCACUGGCUGUUUCUCCAAAAUAAGAGCGGAGAGCAGGAUGCCGCUGUCGGCCUGGGCUCUGCUUGCUCCAAGCAGUCUCUAUUACUGGUACCUUGUGACUGAAGGGCAGAUUUUCAUUAUCUUCAUUUUUACAUUCUUUGCAAUGUUGGCGAUUAUCAUGCACCAGAGGCGCAAGGGCCUACACCUGGACAGCAAUGGCCUCUUCCUUCUCUUCUCCUUCUCUGCCACUCUCAUCUUUAUUGCUGCCUGGAUAGUCUGGCUGUGGAAUGACCAGAUUCUGCGCAAGAAAUACCCAGGGGUCAUCUAUAUCCCGGAGCCCUGGGCCUUCUACACCCUGCAUAUCAAUAGCUUGCACUAAAUUCCCUAACCCUUUGCAAAGGGGACUGGAGGACGGAGCUGACUAGGAGCUACCAUUUCUGUGUUGGGGGGACAGUUGAGCAGCAGCUGUACACUACAUAUUUUAUUUGUGCUCAAUACGUCUGCUACAGAUUAGCAUUUAUUUUAUGUAUAUUUGACAUCUUUUUUUUUAUUUUUAUAUAUAUAUAUAUAUAUAUAUAUAUAUAUAUAUAUAUAUAUAUAUAUAUAUAUAUAUAUAUAUAUAGCUUUGUCUAGUUUUAUGGGCUUUAGCAAUAGGCAAAUCUACUACAGUAAGUCAAAGCCCCUACUUUUAUGCAGAUUAGGCCUCCUUUCUUUAUGUGUAAUGAGCAGAAUUUGUGUUCCCUUCAUAAAAAGUUUGCGCAUAGAGUGAUAUCUGAGACUUGCCAUAAACACAUGUAUGUGACUAGUGGAAGGCGGGCAUUUUUAAAGGGGCACAUAGUAUUUUCCAUGACAACGGGACUACCCCCAGGCCUUAAAUUAGCUUUACAGAGUAGAUCAGUAGUGAAGGGACUCCUCAGAAUAAACUGCUUCUGUUUGAGUGUGAUGUUUAGUAGAAAAGUUCUAUGGAAGAAGCAAUUAACUUGUAGUUAACUUGUAGUGUAGUUAGUUCCCUAUCACUGCUGUGUUUCCUUCCUUUCUGUCUUAAAGCAGCAGUUUAAGGAAAGACGCCUGGGCUUGUGCACAAUUUACCAGGGCUCCCAUUUAUCACAUGGCCCCCCACCUCUGCCCUGGAUGCUAUACAAGCUCUCCUGGGGUCGUGGCUACCUUCACAUUCCAGCACUACGAGCCACGCAGCAGCCCCUGAUGCAGCUGCAGCUCCUAAUAAUUAUAGUAUUAAGAGACAGUAGAUCUGUCAUGCUCUAUGGGUAAGAUUUAAGGUAUCUUUAAAUUAGAGCUCUGUGUCACUGUUGCUAUGGAUCUGAAAUCUGUUGUUUUGUUUUUACGGCAGUGCUUCUCAAACUGAGGGGCUGACCCACCUCUGGUGCCUCAACUUGAAGGCUGGUUUGGGGAGAAAUACCUAAACUCCUGAGAUGAAAGUCAAUUAAAAUGAAUCUGUGGGUCUGAGAUAAUCAGAGACCAAUUAAUGUCUUAUUGUAUGGCAAUCAAAGAGAUAAAAUAUAUGCCAUUUUAUAAAAAUGUGUCUCUGUAUAUCAAUGUACUUCAUUAAGAAUUCAAAUUUUAUUUAAAUUAUUUUCUGCUUUAUUGUGCUGCCUACCAAACCCUGGAAGCAGCCAAUCAGCUAUGCCUAAGGGUCUGUUUUUCCUGAUAAUUCUUCCCUCCCACUUGCAUUAAGAAACAUCUGUCCAUGUAUAGAUAUACAAAGGCACUAGUAAUUGUACACAUUCUCUUUGAAAUGUUUUUUUUUUCAUAAAAAAACUAUUUGACUUUUA